GAGCAAAAGAGUCUAGAGUCUUCAUGAAGAACCGCAUCAAGUCCCUGCAGGUGCGGUCUUCCUUACUCCGAUUAGACUUUAAACUUUCCGUCCAGUUGUAAUUCCUUACAAGGUGCAACUUUGGUUCUUUCUUUUCUUUCCUCAUGAACAAUUCAUGACCUAUAUAGAGCUAGAAUAGCUCGCGCGGUAUCAAUGACAGGUUCAAUAGGCUCUAGCUUGCUCGUUGCGAGCUUGUAUUCGACUUUCGUAUUGGGAUCGGGUCCUCAACCACACGCAUACGGCCAGGAACAGAUUCCCUUGAAUGGUUUCCAAUAUCAGGAAGCUUGUCCAGAUUACACACAAUACUCAGCAUACCCUCAUCGACCCCUCAGCGAUGGGCCUCUUGCCCUACCCUUUCAGAGACCCGACCCGCGAUGCCGAACCUUUCACUCGGACGCUAUAGAACAAGUUAUACAGGAUGUGACUUCUCGUAUGAAGGAUCCAGAUCUUGCGCGUCUCUUCGAGAACGCCUUUCCCUCAACCACAGACACGACCGUCAAGUUUCACACGACCGGAUCCGAACCCACCAAAAAGAAGCCGAAGAGACAUGCAUAUGAUGAAGGGAAGUGGGAGGGACCACAUUCUUUCAUCAUCACCGGUGAUAUCAUUGCAGAAUGGCUCAGAGACUCAACCAACCAACUUUCUCCUUAUCAACCUCUGGCAAAGAAGGAUCCCGCAGUAUACAACUUAAUUCUAGGUGCCAUUAACACUCAAUCCGAAUACGUCAUCGAAUCCCCUUAUUGUAAUGCUUUUCAACCGCCACCUAUAAGUGGGCUACCCGUAUCCCAUAAUGGACAAGACGAUGCCGUCCAUCCUGUCUACGAGCCUUCAUCUGUCUUUGAGUGCAAAUAUGAAUUGGAUUCUCUCGCUCAUUUCCUUGCUUUGGGAAAUGAUUUCCAUGAUCACACGGGAUCUAAAGAGUUCUUGACGCCGCGUUGGUACCUUGCAUUGGAGACCCUAUUAAAUGUUCUUGAGCAGCAGUCGAUGUCGACAUUCGAUCCGGAAACGGGCCGGUAUAGGCGUAACGAGUACACUUUCAACCGUAACACGAACACGGGGACAGAAACCCUUAGUCUUAGGGGCGUAGGGAAUCCUCUAAACAAUGGCACCGGUCUCGUGCGCUCCGCAUUUAGACCGAGUGACGAUGCUACAAUCCUGGGGUUUUUCAUUCCAGCCAACGCAAUGAUGGCCGUUGAGUUGAAACGGACAGCUAGUAUCCUCAAAGCUGCUGGGAAGAAUGUCCUAGCUCAGACUGUUGAAUCGUGGAGCCAAACUAUUACCAAUGGUGUGUGGGAGCAUGGUAUUGUCCGCCAUAGCACAUUCGGCAAUGUCUUUGCCUAUGAAGUGGACGGAUAUGGAUCAUCUAUUCUAAUGGAUGACGCAAACUACCCAUCUCUUCUGGCUCUUCCGCUUAUGGGCUUCUUGUCACCGGAUGAUAAAACUUACCAAAACACGCGACGUAUGCUCCUCUCGAAGUCGUCAAACCCCUAUUAUCUCACAGGAAGAGAGUUUCAAGGCAUUGGAGGUCCUCACAUUGGUCUCUCAAACGCGUGGCCUAUGAGCCUUCUCAUCCAAGCUCAAACAUCUAAUGAUGACGAAGAAAUAACCGGGUGUUUACAGCUAGUUCUCAAAUCGAGUAAACUCGGAUUGAUACACGAAAGUGUUGAUGUCAAUCUAAUUCAUUCGUAUACAAGAAGUUGGUUUGCUUGGGCGAACGGAGUCUUCGCGGAAACGAUACUUGACAUCGCCAGGAGGAAACCGCACUUGAUUUUUAAGGAACCCGCGACGGCUUAUGAAAUAUGAUUUUAUCGUUGGGAAGUCAUUUGAAAGGCGCCAGGGCAUAGCACUACGUCGUUUUUGUUUAUACAACGGUGGGUGCAUGAGAUAUAUCCUAACAGCCCUAUUGUAGCAUAACUUAUCUGGAUGCA